UACUUGAAUCAAAUAGAAGAGCAGAAAUGCCACCACCCUCAAGUGCCCCACUGUAUCCACCUCCUGAUGGAGGAUGGGGCUGGGUAGUGGUUGGAGCAUCUUUUAUCUCAAUUGGAUUUUCAUACGCAUUCCCCAAAGCCGUCACAGUAUUCUUCAAAGAAAUUCAGCAAAUAUUCACCACUACCUACAGUGAAAUAGCAUGGAUAUCGUCCAUUAUGCUGGCUGUGAUGUACGCAGGAGGUCCCAUAAGUAGUGUUUUGGUGAAUAAGUAUGGCAGUCGGCCAGUGGUGAUAGCGGGAGGCUUGCUGUGCUGCCUGGGCAUGGUCGCAGCCUCUUUCAGCACCACCGUCGUAGAGCUCUACCUCACUGUGGGGUUCGUUGGAGGAGAGCAACAAAAGAAUAUUUGUUUUCUUUGUGAAAGUCUCAUUUAUGUUAACUUAAAGAAGUACAUACUUAGUGGAAGAAUUUAUCAUUUAUGGCUUUUUUAUUAUGCUAUCUUAAAAGAUGCUUUCUGUCUCUUAGGUAAAUUGGUGGAUGAAACUGGAGAAUACAAAUACAUGUAUAUGGCCUGUGGAGCUAUUGUGGUCCUGGCAAGUAUAUGGCUGCUCAUUGGCAAUGCUAUAAACUAUAGAUUGCUUGCAAAGGAAAAGAAGUUGGAAGAAGAAAAGAAGAAAAUACAUAAACUUGAAUCCGGAGAAUCUGAACCCUUGAGCAAGCCUAACCAGUAUGAUGCUACAGUCCAAAGAACAGGGAGUCUUCCCUCGGAAAGAGAAACUAAUAUAUAGCAAGAACCACGCCUCUGAUUUCAGUGUUUAUGAUUUUCUUAAGAGCAUUUUUUUCCAAAAUAUUAGAAAGGUUUUUAGUUGAAAUAAGGCAUCAUAAUUAAGGAUGGAGAUGAGAUUUUCCUCAAUGGCGAGUUUUAAAUGUUUGAUUUUUAAAAUUAAUUCGGGCAGUGAAAUUUUGAGAUUAUGCACAUAAAGAAUCAAUGCAACAGGUUUAUUUCUGUACAUGACUCUGGUUGUGGUGGUUAAAAUAACUUUAAAGCCUUCCAGUCUUGGUUAUAGAGAGCUGCAUUCCAAAUUCCUGGUUUAGGUAGUUAGAAGGACUAUAUUUAAUCCUCUAAGAAUGCCCUCUCCACAUUUCAUUUUUUAUUUGAUAUUAAAAUGUGAAAUGGAAUUAAAGGGAAAUGAAGUGUACACGUACCUGUAUGCACACGGAGUAUCUGGAGAACAAAACACAUAUAAGUUAAAAAAAAAAUAUUAUCACCGUACUACUUUUAUUUUUUAACUUAAAAAAAAAAAUCCAUGGAGAAAAAAAGAAAUGUAUUACAUCUGCAUACUACUUUACAGUGUGGAUUUUAAAGAUAAGGACAUGGAUGAAAAUGAGAUGAUCUUAAUUCGAAAAUGCAACUACUGUUGGGAAAAAAAAAAGCUUUUGCAUGUUUAUAAUAAAAUUGAAGAAAAGAAGAUACUCCAUUUUACACCAUUGUUUCUGAGCACUGUUAGAUUUGAUUAAUCCUGGCACAUGAUUUCUUUGAGGGGGCCAGUAGUACCCGGUGCUAGAGAAUAGAACCCUCCAAUAAUUUUCAGAAUAUUUACCUUAUAUGUAAACUAAAGCCUAAAUAACUCCAAGAAAUGAGCUCUGUCCCUUAAAAAGGAUUUUUGUUAGUAAUCCAGCAAGUAAUAACCAUGGAUUUCUCUUAACUCCUCAGACUCACAUUGACAAUGAGACAUCAAAGUGGAAUCAGCCAGAAUCCUGGUGGACAGGCUUACAGAUAGGCUGAAUUCUACUUUAUCCCAACACACAGUGGUGAUCAGGAGGUCACUAUUAUGAGUAAUCCAUUUGAGUAAAGCUAAGAGUGGGAGGUGCUUUUAAUGAGCCCUCUGAACUCUCUCGUUUUCCUCCCUUCACCAAAAUGCAAAAGUAAAAAUAUAACCCACAAAAAAACAAACAAACCAGAAACCAUAAAUAGGCUUUUUACUCAAACACUGAAAAAUUGCCUCAUAUUAUAGGAAUGGCAGCACUUAAAAAUUCUGCCCUCUACUGACUGGACUUCCUGCUGCCUGUGAACAUAAACUAAACUAGGAGAUUGUUGGAAAAGGCUUCUAGAACUGGAGGCUGUGUGUGACUUGGUAGACACUUGUGAAGUGUAGAUAUGGUGCAUAACAAGAUAGCAGGAAGCUUUUAAAACCGUAACCCAGGUUAAUGUAGCAGUUUCUCAUUUUCCUAAUUAUGUGAAAACAUUUGGGAAUCUGAAUCACUUGAAUCCAGAGGCAUAUGAUAGUUGCGUGCAUUCAGAACAAUAAAUACCAUUUGAGUGAUAAAGUGCUUUUAAACAAGAAAGACAUUGUGCAUCAUGGCUAACAUUAUAAAUAUUUACAUCUGCAAAUCUGAAGUUUAAGAUCAUGGUUAAUAAAAACCAUUUAGUGCUUGAUUAUUGAAGUGAUGUCACUCUUAAGAUGUCAAAAGAAACUUGCCGUUCAUAUUUUUUUUUUAUUGUUAUUGCAGUAGAGACAGGUGCUAUUCUUGUUUCCUAUAGGAUUAUACCUGGAUACCAAGCUUUUCUGAUAGUUAACGUUAAGGAUUUUAUUUGUAAAAUUUAUGCACUGUUUAAGCAUGUGGGUCAUAUUUAGGAAGCUAUAUACAAUUCCAUAUUUCAUUUAACAUUCACUUUUUGCAUGUGAAUAGGUAUUUGUAUUUCUCGAAUAUUAAGUAAAUCAAUAUGUGCCAAUAUUAUAGGUCAAUUAAUCAGGGAAACGUGGUAGCAUAUGAUUGUUUUUGAUUUAAUUUCUCCCAAUCUUGAUUCUGGAAUGAGCUAUUUUCAUAUUGUUCGUGCUUUUGUAUUCAACUCUGACUCAUCAUAAGAAAUGCAACAUUAUAAAUUGUGUAGGAGCUUUUCAAUAUUAAACAUUUUCAAAAACUA